CUCUCUCUCUCUCUCUCUCCUCUCUCUCUGCCCUCUUCUGUUAUUGUUUGCUUGUAGUAACUACUAGUUCCGUUCGAUUUGGAUCAUCCAUCCAUCGGCUGAUGACGCACUUUGCGCAAACAACGCCCCUUAAUUUUAUUCAAUUCAAUUUAAUUCCCUCUCUACACUACAAUCCAUCAAUCCAUCAACAAACACUCUACAAAUCCAUUCCUCCUCCCUCAUCACAUCACCAUCUCAUCUCAUGGCCGCCGACGACGGGAACAGCAGCGCCAAGCCCCCGCCCUUGUCCCUCCUCCACGACACCGACCAAGUCCAGAAAGUUUUUGCCCGUUUCGACACCAACGGCGACGGCACCAUCUCCUCCGACGAGCUCGCCUGCGUCCUCCGAGCCCUCGGAUCCGACCCCUCCGACGACGAGGUCGCCCAGAUGAUGGCUGAGAUGGACACCGACAAGGAUGGCCGGAUCAACCUCGACGACUUCGCCCACUUCUGCAAGGCCGCCCACGAUGGGGCCGGGGAGGAGAAAGACCUCCGGGAGGCAUUCGAGCACUACGACCAGGAUGGCAACGGCCAAAUCUCCGCCACGGAGCUCCACCAGAUCCUGACGCGUCUGGGGGAGCGUUGCACCGUCGAGGACUGCGCCGGGAUGAUCCGCUCCGUCGAUGCCGAUGGCGAUGGUUACGUCAGCUUCGACGAAUUCAGGAAGAUGAUGACCAACAACAAGUAGAGCUACACACCACACCCCUCCCCCCCUGCCUGCCUUCCUUCCCUCCCUCCCAACAACAAAUUAUGGCAUUGGCACCACAACAGUUUUUAUUUAUUUAUUAAUUCCUAAUUCCUCUUGUUAAGUAAUAGUACUAGUAUAUAGGAUGCACUUGUUUGUACUACUACUCCAUUAAUAAUUAGACCAGGCAAUGGAGACCUCAACAACUACACCAAAAAGAAAGGAAAAGCCGAUUGUUUGAUUCAUAAA